AUGGAUUCUUCUUCUUCUGUGUUUGCUAACAUCGUUCGAGCUCCUGAAGAUCCCAUUCUAGGAGUGACAGUUGCAUAUAACAAGGAUAGCAGCCCUAAUAAGUUGAAUUUGGGUGUUGGUGCUUACCGAACUGAGGAAGGGAAGCCUCUGGUUUUGAAUGUAGUGAGACGAGCAGAGCAGAUGUUAGUGAAUGACAAUUCUCGGGUCAAAGAAUAUCUUCCCAUUGUUGGACUUGCUGAUUUUAACAAAUUGAGUGCCAAGCUCAUUUUUGGUGCUGAUAGUCCAGCCAUACAAGAGAAUAGAGUCACUACUGUCCAGUGCUUGUCCGGUACUGGUUCUCUCAGGGUUGGGGCUGAGUUUCUUGCUAAGCACUACCACCAACUCACAAUUUACAUCCCAAAUCCCACGUGGGGAAAUCAUACCAAAAUCUUCACUCUUGCAGGAUUGUCUGUGAAGACAUACCGCUACUAUGAUCCUGCAACACGUGGGCUGGAUUUCCAAGGCUUGCUUGAGGAUCUUGGAGCUGCACCAUCAGGAUCUAUAGUGCUUCUUCAUGCGUGUGCUCAUAACCCAACUGGUGUUGACCCAACCAAUGAACAAUGGGAGCAGAUCAGACAGUUGUUGAGAUCAAAAGGGUUGCUACCCUUCUUUGACAGUGCUUAUCAGGGUUUUGCUAGUGGUAACCUAGAUGCAGAUGCCCAGUCUGUUCGCAUGUUCGUUGCAGAUGGUGGUGAAUGUUUUGCAGCUCAGAGUUAUGCAAAAAACAUGGGACUCUAUGGGGAACGUGUUGGUGCUCUCAGCAUAGUUUGCAAGACAGCAGAUGUUGCAAGUAGGGUUGAGAGCCAGUUGAAGCUUGUGAUAAGGCCCAUGUAUUCUAAUCCACCUAUUCAUGGUGCAUCGAUUGUGGCGACCAUUCUCAAAGACAGGGAUAUGUUCAAUGAAUGGACUGUUGAGCUGAAAGCAAUGGCUGACCGGAUUAUCAGCAUGCGCCAACAACUGUUUGAUGCUUUAUCUGCUAAAGGCACUCCAGGCGACUGGAGUCACAUUAUCAAGCAAAUUGGAAUGUUUACUUUCACUGGCUUGAACACCGAACAAGUUGCCUUCAUGACCAAGGAGUAUCACAUUUACUUGACAUCUGAUGGGAGGAUAAGCAUGGCAGGUCUUAGUUCCAAGACAGUCCCUCAUCUGGCAGAAGCUAUACAUGCUGCUGUUACCCGUGUUGACACUUACUGCGCAGUUUCAACAGGACUAGUUUAUGCUUUGCAGUGCGAAUCUUAA